AUGUUCUUGAACACAGCUUCUCCCCGGAGAUCGUUCAGCAUCCCCAUUAACAUCAACCUGCAUGGGGCUCGCAGGCGUCAGACACGGGAGUUCCUCCAUGCAUCUGUAGCUCAGGAACAUGAGAGCAGCCGAGGAGCCGAUGGACGAGGAGGGCAGGGAGCUCGGACCCAGACGCCGGUGUCGAGUGUUGGGGAGGACCGGGCCAUCCUGCUGGGCUUCACCAUGAUGGCCUUCUCUGUGCUCAUGUUCUUUGUGGUCGGCAUCACGACAGUCAAACCCUACGUUAACAGUGACUGGGAUCAGGAGGUGAGCUGUGUGCUGCAGCAGACCGAGCUGCCGGAGGAGUGGGUGGACUGCAGAGGUGUGAGCACAGUGCCCUGCCUCAGGGUGACAGUCAACCUCACAGGCUCCAAUCAGGAGGCCUUUCUGCACUUUGACGAGGAAUCGGUUCUCCUCGCAACUGAGUGUUUCUACAUACCCAAAUGUCAAAUGGACAGAAAAGCGCUGCAGGAUGAAGUCCGGAGGGUGAAGAGCAGCUUGGACGGCCAGCUGGGCAGCACCUCGUCGUGCUUCAUCGACCACACCAGACACCCCGAGCACGUCAUCCUGAGCAGGAAGUACACUCUGAGGAAGGCGCUGCUGGCUCUGCUGUGGCCCUGUGUGAUGCUGGGCGGCGGAGCUCUGCUGGUGGGACUCGUGAAGCUGACACAGUGCUUAGCUCAUCUGUCCUCUGAGGUGUGCAGCGAGACUACAGGAGCCAGGAUGACUUCAAGAUACACUCAGGGAAAACUGUACAGACUCCUCCGAAGAUCCAGCCUGCAGUCUCCUACGUGACACAGCCGGUGUUUAUGCUGCAGUAUCCCAAAAACUACUAAAUUUAAUUACUAGGGCUGGAUUGUAAAGAGAGGAAAAAUGUUGUUCUUAA